UCUCUCCCAGUUCUCAAUCUCUCUCUCGAUCUCCAAAAUCUUCCAUUUUCACUUUCUCUCUGCCUAGGUUUUUCUUGCUGCUGGGUUUUUUUCUCCGUUUAGCGUUAGUGACUUGGGUCUUGAGCUCCGUUUCUCGACAAUGGCGGUUUCUUUGUGAGAGCUCGUGUCUUUGUUCUACAAAAAAGUUAACUUUCCCCCUUUUUAUUUUCUUCCCAUCCUCACUUUCUGUUUUACUUUCAAGCGGGAAAAUUUGUGAGAAUGUGUUGCAAAUUAAGGUUUUCAAGCUUGUGAAGUUCGAUUUUUCGUUUUGGGUUUCUUCAAUUUUAUGACUAAUUUAGAGUUGCUAGUACAAUAAUUUAACUUUUAGAUUAGGAUAUUGUUUCCGUUGUCGAGGGAGUAAAUUGGAAGCUAAGUUAGGUUGUAGUAAUCUUUUGAUCUGUAAGUUUGGUUGAGAGCGAUGAAUCGAAGUUUUAGGGCACAAGAGUCUCUAUUGCUGGAUUCAGCAGAGAGGCAGAGGCAACAGCUUAGGGCUUCUAUGAUGGCUGAGAAAGAUGAAGAGCUCUCUUUGUUUCUCGAAAUGAGACGGCGCGAGAAAGAGCAGGAUAAUCUCCUUCUCAAUAACCCUGAUGAGUUCGAAACUCCAUCAGGUUCAAAGCCUGGAACUUCACCAGUUUUUAAUCUCUCUAGUGGUGCUCCAGCUCGAAAGACAGCUCCUCCAGAUGACUUUCUCAAUUCCGAAGGCGACAAAAAUGAUUAUGAAUGGCUUCUGACCCCUCCAGGUACUCCUCUGUUUCCAUCGCUGGAGAUGGAAUCACAUAGGACUAUGAUGAGUCAAACUGGUGAUUCAAAGGCUCGCCCGGCUACAUUGACUUCUAGGCUGGCGAAUUCCUCCUCAUCAGAGCCUGCUGGAAGGAACCAUCUAACAUCUAGACAACCAACUUCUUCUCCUGGAUUAAGCUCUUCUAGUGGAGCAAACCGGAGACCUUCAUCAUCUGGAGGACCUGGAUCAAGACCCGCCACGCCCACUGGAAGAUCAUCAUCACUGACAACUAAUUCAAGACCCUCAAGGCCUUCAACACCCACUUCGCGAGCCACCGUCUCCUCAACUACUCGACCUUCCAUGACUAACUCCAGGUCCACAGUAUCUGCAACAACUAAGUCUAUGCCUAUGACUAGGUCAGCAAGUUCAUCUAGGCUUACACCUUCUGCAUCUAAACCUACUAUUACAACUGCUAGAUCUACUGGUUCAACAACUAGAUCUACCACCAGCACGGCCACAAAAUCUGCAGGUCCUUCGAGGUCCACCACACCUCUGUCAAGAUCUACUGCCAGAUCUUCAACACCAACUUCAAGACCCACACUUCCUCCACCUAAAACAGUAUCAAGGUCAGCUACACCGACUCGCCGUCCAAUCAGUUCUGCAAAUGCUGCAACCACUACAUCAAAGCCAACAAUAUCCCAAAUCAAGCCUUCCUCUCCAGCGUCGAAACCUAUGCCAACACCAUCUAAAACUCCUGCUGUAUCACGUGGAUCUUCUCCUACAGUAAGGUCAAGGCCAUGGAAGCCAUCAGACAUGCCUGGUUUUUCACUAGAAACUCCUCCAAAUCUAAGGACAACAUUACCCGAAAGGCCACUUUCAGCAACAAGAGGCAGACCCGGAGCUCCAAGUCCUCGUUCUGGUUCAGUUGAGCCAGGUGGUCCGACAGGUGGAAGACCGAGAAGACAGUCAUGUUCACCAUCAAGAGGUAGAGCACCAAUGUACACUAGUGGUAGCUCUGUUCCUGCGGUCAACCGUGGGUAUUCCAAAGCCAAUGACAAUGUUAGUCCUGUGUUGAUGGGAACAAAAAUGGUGGAGAGAGUAAUAAACAUGCGGAAACUGGCUCCUCCAAGACCAGAUGACAAGGGUUCCCCACAUGGUAACUUGUCUGCAAAGUCUUCAUCACCAGACAGUGCAGGAUUUGGAAGAUCACUCUCCAAGAAAUCCCUUGAUAUGGCAAUAAGGCAUAUGGAUAUACGUAGAACCAUACCAGGGAAUCUGAGACCACUAAUGACGAACAUUCCAGCAUCAUCAAUGUACAGUGUGAGAUCUGGACAUACUCGUGGCAGACCUAUGAAUGUUGCAGAUUCUCCACUAGCAACAAGCAGCAACGCAAGCUCAGAGAUCAGUGUGUACAACAACAAUGGAAAUUGCUUAGAGGCAAGCGAAAAGGAAGAUGACGCAGGCAGCGAGAGAGGUUGCAGGUCCCCUGCAAGCUUACAAGGGAGGUGAUGGAAUGCUGAAAAAGCCUUUUGUAAAACGUUGACCUUUGAGAUCCUACUUGUCUUUAUUAUUAUUAUUGUGAGUUUCUUUCACACGAGUUUGAUGAUGAUGAUGAUAUGUGAAGUAGCGUUUUGAUAUUUUAUGUAAACCUCUCCACUCUCGUCUUUCUACUUUUUAACCCUAAAGUCGCCUCUGGCCCUAUGGAUGAUGG